UGGUCGUGUUUUGUGUCCCCCGGGGCCACACUGUUUUCAGCCGGACUCAACUUCCAUCUGACCGGACUCCCGUGGCCGCCUGACCCGGUUGGCUACGCGACUUUUACUUUGCUCGCACUCCUUUAAAGCGUCCCAGAAACAUUUCUAGUUGCCGUUACCGACUUGUGGGGAGUUUUUAUGUCCAGAACUAAGGAUGCAGCCCCCACCGAGAAAGGUCCGGGUCACCCAGGAGCUGAAACAGACUCACACAGAGCAGAUGAACCGACUCCACAUCAAACACCAGACCGACUGUGACCUGCUGGAAGACCUCAGGACCUUCAGCCAGAAGAAGGCAGCCGUGGAACGAGACUACGCUCAAGCGCUGCAAAAGUUGGCCAACCACUAUCUGAAGAGAGAAUGGCCCGAGACCUUAAUGGACAGCCAGCCGGAUCAGAGGAACAUGUUCUGCGUGUGGAGGUCGUAUCUGGAGGGAACCCUGCAGGUCACCCAGUCCAGAAUCGCCGCCUGUGAAAAUUACAAAGCUCAGAUCGCUGAUCCAAUCAAGACGGCCAAACUUCAGAAGGAGCAGCAGCUGCGGAAGUGUUUGGACCAGCUGACGGAGGUGCAGGCGGAGCUGCAGGACUCUGUGAAGGAGCUGACUAAGAGCAGGAAGAAGUACCAGGAGGCUGAAACCAUGGCGCAGGCUGUCCGGGAGAAAGCUGAACUAGAAGCAAAGUCGAAGCUCAGCCUCUUCCAGUCCAGGUCGAGUCUGCAGAGGGCGAGUGUGAAGCUGAAGGCAAAGAGAAGCGAGUGCAACUCCAGAUCUACGCACACAAGAAACGACUACCUACUGACACUUGCUGCCGCAAAUGCUCACCAACGGCGCUACUAUGACACAGACCUGGUGGAGUGCGUCAAGGUACUGGAUGGAGCUAUCUACGUGCAGGUGAAAGACUACCUGGCAUCUCUGUGUCACACCGAGCUAGCAACCUCGCAGACAGUCCACGACGUCUUCACGUCGCUACACAACAGCUCCAACGGGAUUCUGCAGGAGUUCCACCAGAACCUCUUCAUACAGAAGAAUCCAGUUUUCCAGCCUGCCGAAGAGUUCCUGUAUCAGCCCAUCGACUCAGACACGGUGACACAGCUGCAGAAGGAGAGCGGCACGGCGGAGGAGCACAGCCUGGACAAAGAGGCCAGGAAGUGGGCGAGCCGAGUGGCCCGCGAGUACAAGAAUGCCAUUCACAGCCAACGGGUUCUGGACGACUUCGGGAGUCAGGAGAGCAGUGAGCCUGUCAGCAGUGAACUGGAGUUCAAGAUGGAGGCAGCCAGACAGAGUUUGCGCAGAGCAGAGACAGUGAAGGUGAAAGCUGAAGCUCGUCUGGAUCUGCUGCGGCAGGCCGGCGUCGCCGUGGAAACAUGGCUGGAAAGCGCCAUGAACCAAGUGAUGGAGGAGCUGGAGAACGAGCGGUGGAACAACCUCAACACCAAUGACCCGUCGCUCUCGGGGACGGCUGAUCUGGAGCGGGAGGACGAGGAGGAGAUGGAGGACAGCGGGGAGGUCCUGGACGACAGCAGCUCGAGUCCGUCCAGCACUUUAAGAAACUAUCCACUCACCUGCAAAGUUCUUUACUCGUACAAGGCGUCUCAGCCAGACGAGCUCACUAUCGAGGAGCAGGAGGUCCUGGAGGUGAUCGACGAUGGUGACAUGGAGGACUGGGUCAAGGCGAGGAACCGCAGCGGGCAUGUUGGCUACGUGCCAGAGAAAUACCUGCAGCUGCCGUCGUCCAACAGUCUGCUCAGCAUGCUGCAGUCUCUGGCCGCUCUGGACGCCAGGUCACACUCCUCCAGUAACUCCACCGAGCCAGAGAUGGAGCUUCAAACGGUGUCUGUCAACGGAGACUCCAGCGUGUCAUUCGCCAAGGCGCUGUACGACUACGCUGGUCAGACGGAGGACGAGCUUUCGUUUCCUGAGGGCGCCAUCAUCCGAAUUCUGAGCAGAGAGACCCAUGAGGAUGAUGGGUUCUGGGAGGGAGAGUUCAACGGUGUGGUGGGAGUCUUUCCUGCCGUCCUGGUGGAAGAUCUGAGCGUCUCUGGAGAGAGCGGUGACGGACAGAAGGACGGAGCUGUCACACAGGCAUCUCCAGCCUCUCACACUCCCAGUGACCGCUCACCUCGCAGCCCCUUCAUCCCAGGUCCACUCCACAGCAGCCCACUCCAGACCCCGACCAUGUCAUCUCCCCACUCCAGCCCCUGCAGCGCCAACUCCUCUCCCAUCGGCCGUCCUCCCUCCUACCACAACGGCCACCACCGGCCUCCCCCGCCGCCUCAGAAGAGUCCAUACCAGAGUCCGGUCCAAGGUUUGCCUCAGCCACCCAAGUACCCUGAGAGCGGAUCCAUCCGACCCGUGCGAGCGGCGCCGCCACCUCCAAAGCAACAUCCGCGAGGUCAGGUGAAGCGCAGGGAGGAGGUGGAAAUCACACUGGUGUAAUGAGGGAGUCUCGUGGCCAUGAAAGAAGCUUGGCUUGCUUGACAACAGCGAACGCCUCGCCCACCCUCUUUUCUGUCACCAGAUGCCCAGACUGUUGUUUUCCGGUCCGCAAUCACCAAACACCCAGUCGAAGUUAUAGCUACAUCGGUGAAUUACUUACUUAUGGCUCCCCCUAAUGGUAUGAAAACAUAUUGCAGCGAUACGUUGCUGCUGCGCAAGAUUCUAACCAUCAAACGCAUCAUGUUGAAAUUUGAGGUUGAAAUUCAGGUCAGAAAACUGACAGUCCACUGAUGGUCACAUAGAAAUCAGUACAAGCAGCAGUACGCUUCUUUAACCACGUGGGGAGCCUUGACUGGGACUCGAUCCCCAAACACCUUGGAGUCACAUUUUACAUCAUUCCGUAGUUUCCCUGAUCAGUGGAAGGCUAUCGACGCUGCACGGUGGCAGGAAAACACUUCAGUCAGAUUUUGAAGAUGCUAACAUUUGAAAUAAAAAAGUUAGUCAGAUUUGCUUCAGGAAACUUGUCACCUGCAGGCUUAAAAAGUCUGUCUGAAAAAAAAAAAUGUCCCAGAACUGUCUUGAAUUGUUCUAUGAAAAUGCUAACUGAAACCGUGCUACGCUACCUGGCUAUUAAUGUUCCGCAAACAACCACUUACCACAACAAUGACAUCACCUGCCGCUUUGAUGAUAUCAAAAAAUAAUCGACAAGAGUCGACACAGCGGGAACAGAUGCUCCCCUCUCCAACACGAGCGAGGCCGGUCCUCGCCAUGAGCAUUCCCACUUGUGGUGGCGUCAAGACUGCGAGCGCGGCCACGAUCAACAUAAGUAUUAAUGUCACCUCUGUCACACUUUGAGCCUCCGAUUUUAUUUUUCAAAAUGUUAGAAUAGAUUGUAAGUACAAAAAGAGAACACCUUCCUUCCUUGAUUUAAAUCUAUUUUAUUUUCUUCAAAAUUUCCUACAGUCAGGAUAAAAACAUUUUAAACUUGCAGCGAAGCACUUUUAUCGUUGAAUUUCCAGUAUUUGUACAGCGCCCCUCAGUGGCCGAGAAAGGGAAAUGUAUAUGGAUGCCACAGUUUAUCACUAACUUGUCACUUUUCUGUUGUUGUACGAUGGAAGUUAUGAUUGUCAUGAAAAAUGGAGCAGAAAUAUUUGGAUAGAAAAUAAGUCAAACCAGUUUGAGAAAAGAGAAAUAUAUUUUAUGGUUCUUCAGUGACUCAGCGUAGUUCAAGUGUCUUGUGUAUUUUACUUUUCUGUUUACGAAGCGGUCGCUAUGUUUUUAUCGUUCAUAUUUUGUUCUUAUUUUAGCUUCUUGUUUGUUUCUAUUAGUAACUUGUGUAGCCUGAACUGUUAGUUAAAAUAGUUUACAGUUCUUUUCCCUUGUCGGAGUUAGAGGUGAAGCUUCUUCAGCGGUGUUGCUGUGUGAUCGUUGAUCUCCUUGAGAUCUGAAAGACAUCAAACUUAUUUUUGAAGUUUAAAAUGUAGAGAAGAAGACGAAGGGUGAGAGGAGUGUCUCGUCUACAUACACGAUGAAACCAUAUUUAUUGUGUAUAAAUGUGAAAUAAAU